AUGGGCGGUGGACCUUAUGAAUUGUACCGCGAGCGUUAUGGUGCCGAGAUUCUCGUCAUGCGGAAAGCCACCAAGAACGACCUCGACGCCAUCACUCGGGUCAUCCAGGCUGGUUUUCCCGACGACCCAGGUUGCAACUACAAGUUUCCAUACCGUGACAAAUACCCGGAGGACUUCUGGAAGUACACACGCCGACAGUAUGAGGAGUACCUAGAGCAGCCAGAAAAGUUCGCCUUCAACGUUGUCACAGUGACCAAUGAGGAGGCAGGACUCGAUGACCUCCCCAUUGCUAUUGGUGUCUGGGAUAUUGCUGUUCACAUCAAGGCCAAAGGCGGAGAUCUCUUCAUUGACGAACGACGGGAUGGUAACCGGGAACACAUGAAGGCAUACGCAGCCGCUAUGGAACGGACAUUUGCGAAAUGCUUUGAGUCGUAUGGGAAGGAGCAACUUCACCUUUGGAUGCUCGUAACGCACCCUGACUUUCGCCAGCGUGGUGCUGGAACCAGACUGUGUGACUGGGGUGUUGAUGAGUCCGCGAGAAGAGGUGGUUGGAUUUUGACUGUUAUGGCCAGUCCAAUGGGCAGGAAGCUUUAUGAGGAACUUGGUUACGUUUUGGUCGGCACCGACACGGCACGAGUGGGUGGAGAAGAAGAGCAUGUUGUUAUUGACGCUUUGGAGAAGCCGUUCUCACGACACACUAUCUAG